AUGGCCACCCAAUUUGUGAAGGUCGCGUCCUUGGUUCCAAAUCAACAACACUGUAACCUUAAGCUUAGGGUCUUGUCAGUUGAGACCAUAGCGGAGACCAUUCAUAAAGAGACAGGGAAAAUUAUUCAAAGUGCUGAUGCUAUUGUAGGCGAUGAUACAGCUUGUAUUCUCCUUAACCUCAGGAAUGAUCAAGUCAAUCUUUUGGCUCGAAAUGCAAAGCUUAGAGUGUUAAAUGCACGUGUGAAUAUGUAUCGUGGAUUCAUGCGUCUUGAAGUUGAUGAAGAUGAUGAGAUGAAGGAUGGUCCAGAUAUUAUCGAAGACACCCGUCCGUCAUCGAUCACAGUCAUUGGAGAUGAGGAGGAGGAAGAAGAAGAUGGCGUCAGGGUUGCAUCCACAAGAGGAGUAUCAUCGGGCCAUCCUUCAGAAGAUACUACUACUACUACUGCUGCUGCUACUAUCGUACAAGGAGCCAUUCCUCGGCAUGAAGAGAUAAUAUCGCGUUCAGAGAGAUCAUCUGGAGCAGUAGAACAGUCAUCUCCAGGGACUGAAGCUGAUGAGACCACAGCGAUGACCCAAUCAGCAGCAGCAACAUCCAUGACUUUGCCUACAAUGGCCACAUCAGGAUCACCAUCCAAUUCAUUGGUCUCCUCCUCAGCUCCUGCAGCUUCACUCGGCCGCGAUCAAUUGGAAGUAGAGAUGCGAUUGGGAACAGGAGGUAGUGUUCCUUUGAUGGAAUAUUAUCGUACGAUUGAAUUUAUGUAUUUCUCAACUGUGGAACCUAUUGGACGCUAAAUAAUAGCCAUCUGAAUAAAGUAAAAGACCCUUUUUUUUUUAUAAUAUGCGAAUUUUCAAGACGACAAAAGGCGUCAUUCUGAUAAAUGAACAAUGGAUAAUGGGUAAAAGGGGUGGAUGAACUUGAGCUUUUUU